AUGGGUAGCCCAUAUCCUCUCCACUCUCCUGUUGGUGUCAGAAAUCCUAGAUUAGUAAGCUGGAGCUCUGUUGUGGCUACCCGUAUCAAGCAUUUGGUUACCGAAGUUCCAACACCCUCAGCGGCUGAUCAACCUCAGAACUGCUUCACCGACGACCCUGAACCGAUACACCUCAACCUCAAAGUCGGAAUAGCGAGCGAAAUUUCGGCUGCUUUUACCCAGAAUACCUUCUCCCACUAUCGCGAAGAUCGUCGGUGUUGGACCGUCGAAAUCAAACCGCGCUUCCCACGAUCUAACGAUUCUUACUACUACACAGGAAACUCGGCUUUUCUCUCUCCGUCAAUUAAACUGAGCCACCUCAACUAUCAUCAUGUCUUCAUCAUCAUUGUCGCCUCCGGCUUCGCUCUCAUCUUCCCCGCUAUCUUCUCCACCACCUUCACCGAACGUUUCCAAUUUUAUAUCAAAUCCGCCGCUUGAGGAGGCAUGCUUUGCGGCAAGCCCCGAGCGGAAAUACUACAAGAAAGGCAAAUAGUUUGCGAAGAGAUGCCUUCGCCCAUCAGAAUAUUGGACUGCCCCUCAUGGCCUAUAUCGCACCUGCGACGGUGGCGUAAGGUAAGUAUUAGGUGGGGUAACAGGCGCGCGGGCAUACAUAACAAGAGAAUGGCGGCCAAUAUUCCAACUUGCAAAUUUAGAUAAGGCCAUGAAUCAAGUAGUGCGUGAGGAUGCUGGUCUUUGUUGACAUGGCGCAGAGUGAGAGGCUUCGGACCUUGGCCAGCAGGUCACAGACAAUUUACUAAUCGGAGUCAAGGAUGUCCCCGUUGCAGGGAGGUAAUUUAAUCAUAACUUAGACCAAUAGAGUAGCCUAUUUCUCUUGUACAAUAGGAGUUUGAGG